GACGUCACUCACAGAGUUGUCAUGAUGGCGUCUUCAGGACCGAAGCUGCUGUUGCAAUUUAGCUAAGAUCUGUCGACAGUCUUUAUGCUAAAAUGGAGAAAAAUGCAAACUUGCAACGGGAUUCCGAAGGCGCUGUUUUGCGAGCUUCAAUUACAGGAGAAAUGGGUGACGCCCCAGGCUUCGGUGGGAUGAAGGGAACAGAUGAGAAUUACAAGAAUAGUGAGGCUCCUCUGACUAGUUUGGUGAACGAUAGUUGCAACAACAGAUCCACAAAUGCAUCUGCUCUUACUAUCGACGCUGUUGUUUCUAGUGCAGGGAAAUGUGACGGACCAGGAGCGAUUGGGCUCACAGCUGUACAGGAGGAUACAAAGAAGGAAAGCGAGACGAGCGGACUCUCUUCUGGGUCUGGGGAUCAAAUCAGUAACGGGACGGGACACGACUUGAUGCUGUCUGUUGAAGAUAGCGAGGUUGGUGUUUCAAAGUUGGUAAACAAAAAAGCCGAAAGGCAGACAUUACCCCCUACAAAUGAUGACACAGGGUGUCAUCCUGAACUCGAUGCUGCAGCUUUUAAUGAUGGUGGUGCGUCAAAACUUCCCAAACCAACUCGUCUGUGUUCGGACAACGCAAUCACAGCAAAGUCUGCAGAACACACUUCACCAGAGCCUUUGCCCAGUGGGAGUGAUCCAGACCCCAGUCUCGGUGGGGAGUCCCGGAGCAUUGAUUCUUUGGAGUCUUUUUCCAACCUCAACUCAUGUCCAAGUUCUGAUCUCAAUAGUGAGGGGCUGGAGGAUAGGGGACUAGCUCUGGCCCUCCAAAACGAGUUGGGGGCUGAGGGAGCAAAGCCUCCGUGCAAGGAUCGGUCCGCUGGACAGUCCAUAUACCACAUAAAAUGGAUCAAGUGGAGGGAGGAGAAUACGCCAAUCAUCACACAAAAUGAGAACGGACCCUGCCCAUUACUCGCCAUAAUGAAUGUCCUACUGUUGGCAUGGAAGGUUAAGAUGCCACCAAUGAUGGAAAUUAUAACUGCUGAGCAACUGAUGGAGUAUUUAGGAGACUACAUACUCGAAACCAAACCAAAAGAGAUCUCUGAAGCUCAGCGGCUAAACUAUGAACAGAAUAUGAGUGAUGCCAUGGCAGUGUUACACAAGCUGCAGACCGGCCUGGAUGUAAAUGUGAAGUUCACAGGAGUGCGUGUUUUUGAGUAUACCCCAGAAUGCAUUGUGUUUGAUUUGCUUGACAUACCUCUCUAUCACGGCUGGCUGGUUGACCCCCAGAUGCAGGACAUUGUCAAGGCAGUGGGAAACUGCAGCUACAACCAAUUGGUAGAGAAGAUUAUAUCGUGCAAACAGUCAGACAACAGUGAGCUUGCAGGCGAAGGCAUUGUAGCAGAGCAAUUCCUAAGCAGCACUGCUACGCAGCUGACAUACCAUGGUUUAUGUGAGCUCACAUCUACUGUACAAGAAGGAGAGCUAUGUGUUUUUUUUAGAAACAAUCAUUUCAGCACGAUGAUUAAAUAUAAGGGCCAGCUGUACCUUCUUGUGACAGAUCAGGGUUUCCUGACUGAAGAGAAAGUUGUUUGGGAGAGUUUGCACAAUGUUGAUGGGGACGGCAACUUCUGUGAUUCAGAGUUUCGACUGAGACCCCCUUCUGAUCCGGAGUCUGUUUACCGUGGACAGCAAGAUCAGAUAGACCAGGACUAUUUAAUGGCGCUGUCUCUGCAACAAGAACAACAAAGUCAAGACCUUCAGUGGGAACAGCUACCUGAAGGCAUCAGUGACCUGGAGCUGGCUAAAAAGCUCCAGGAGGAAGAGGAUCGACGAGCUUCUCAGUACUACCAAGAGCAAGAGCAGGAGCAGGCUGCAGCAGCACAAGCACAGCAAGGCCAGCAGGUGCCUGCAGAAGGAGAUGAAGCAGACAGAGGAGCAGGGGCAGCUGGUGCAGCAGCUAAUACAGGCACUGUAGGCACAGCUGGGUCCACUGCAAGCCCAGGAAAACACUCCUAUUCCGGGGACCGCAAAUCAAAGAAAGAAGCAAAAGAUAAGGACAAGUGUGUUAUUUUGUAACAUAUGGCAGUCUCUGUCAGUGUGCAGUUCAUUUGCGUUUAGCUUAUCUGUAAGAAAGGAGCUUUUAUGGUUUCCCCACUGUCUGGACACUAACCUACUUCCUGAUUAAAAUGGAAGAAGACAAAUAAGGGGAAAAAGACAAGACUAACAGAGGAUUUGCCGUUUCCAAACCACUGGUGCCUGCAGUCCUCAAUCCUGAUGCAAACUGGACAUCGGAAGAAGAGACACUACAACAACUACCCUUUCAAUUUUGUAGAGUUGUCCCAAAUUUAACAGUGUACUAAUAUUUACGAAGUAUUUAUGAUGACUCAAUUAAUUUGAGAUCAUAGAUUAUUUUAUCUCUUGUAAUCAUAAACAACUCACAUCUUGGCUACAUUUUGCUCAUAUAUUUCUUUUUUCCUUAAGCAGCUUAUAAGCUAAUUAUAUUUAUCCUAUUGACUCAACAUAUUUAGCUGACAUUUUUAAAUUGCUGCCAACAAUUGUUAUUAAUUUAUGUAUGUGUAAACAUCUUGAAAAAAGUUAUGCGCCAAAAGGGAUAUAUUGUAUACCAUUAGAAGGAAAGAACCCCCAAAAAACGCAUUAUUUUAAAUCUAUUUCCUGAAGGGAAUGCCUGAGCAGCCAAUAUAUGUAGGUGUUCAACAGUUGUCCUGAGCUUAAGUUUAUAUGUGCUUUACCAGUGUCUUGGUAUAGCAUUCUGCAUUGAGAAAGUUUGUUUGUUAUGUACAAUUGUAUGCUGCAACCACAAAUGUUUUUAUGUAUCAGCCAUUAGGUCUGUCAUUUCUAAUCUAAAAUGUAAAGAAAAGAAAAAAACUGUAGUUGAAACAGCCAAAUGCAGCACAUUUAGCCUCUUUAAACCUCCCGGGAUAGUGGACUGUGCCACUGAGACUUUGUAUACAUUUCAUAUGAAUAAGACUUAAAUUAAAGGAGUGAAUGGAAGAAAAGCAGCUUUUCACUUGUUCUAAUUCCCCCUUUUAACACCAAUACUAAGCAGAAAUGUGUACCUUGUUCCAUCUUGCAAAAUUUCACAUCUUAAUCUGGGUUAUUUGACACAAAAUCUGAAUCUUGCAUGAGGUGCACAUUCCAUUGUUUGUUUUUUUUGUUGUUGUUUUUUUCAGUACAAGUCAUUUUGGUUUUGGGUCAUAACAUUUUGACUGCCUCUUGAGAAGAUUUUCUAUACAUUCCAUUUGGAUGCCUUGACUCAAACCUAAUAAAAAUGGAUGUUUGUCAGUUCCAGUAGAAGUUACACAGAGGCAGCAACUUGGUCUUUGUAAUGGUACAAUCUAUCUAUUUGAGGCUUGAUAAUGUAUAAACGCCUUACUACAUUUCAACAUAUUUUAUAGAAAUAUACAUAUUCACAAUGAGACAAUCCAUAAACUCUCACAGAAAUGUAAAUGAAUACUCAGGCCUUUUCUGUGAGGGAGUUUUAUGUACUUGACUUUUUCAAAUAUUAGUGGUGGUAGUUUAUUGGCCUGUAGUUACUUUCAGAGCUGUAUGCGCACCAGGCAUUACUAGUUGAUCAUUUACUGUCUUACCAUUGUACUGUGUAUUUCUAACUUCACAAAUAAAAAUAGACUGUGCGUUCCUGAAAGGUUUCAGUGUUGUUGGACAGUAACGUUGAUAUUUCUCCCAUUGAUUUUUUUCCCAAUGGAUCUUUCACCUCGUAUUUUGAAAUUUUUUGGAGAACAUUCAAAUGUUUCUCAUGAAAAUAUAAAUUUGAUAAUAGUUCUUAACUUGUGAGUGUGAAGUGCUUCUAUUGUAAUUCUAUGCUGCACUGAGAUCUUAGACAAAGGCAACUGAGAAGCCCAGUACUUUGCUGCAGCUAAACUUGAAUUUCCCUCGGGAUAAAUAAAGUAUCUAUCUACCUUGCUUAGUUA